AUGCAAAAGAAUACAAGACAAGAAACAUAUAAAAUCGUUAAGACUCGCCCCCCUAAAAGGCAAGACGAACUUAACUUUAGCAUCAAUUCAGGUGUUUUUACCUGCUCCGAAUGCGAAAAAGAGUUCGAAAAGCCUUGGUUACUGAAAAGGCAUUCGAAGGUUCACCAUAUAAGUAAUCAAAUGGCAACCAAUACUGUACUCGACGAACCCGAGCAGGCCGAAUUGAUAGUGGAGAACACUAUUCCGGAUGCUAAUGCAUUUGAUUACUCGAGUGACGAAGAUGACUCCUCCAGUAUCGGGGAUGAAGAAGACAACAUUGUAGACGAGGAAAACGAUAUUGUCGAUAAUUUCUUUGAUAUUGAAAUGAACAGUAAUCCAGUUUUCAACGCAUUCUCUGACAUGUUUUCUUCUGCUGCUGCUGCUGAUGAGGUAUCAAUGACCGAUGAUGACUCUGAGAUCCCGGAAGAAGUCUUUGAGACAAUUGGCGCUGUAAAUGACCCUACAAGCUGUUAUCCUUUUCGCGAUCUUCAAACCAUGAUCCUUUUCGCUUUUAUCGAUGGGGAUAAUGACAUGAUCUCCCAGCAAAUGUUGAAGAAGAUACUGCUUGCGAUGAACUUGAUCAUUAAGAUCCAGCAAGAAACUCCCAUAGGAAGAACAUUUAAGUUACCUCGUUUGGAUGCUCUUUUAAAUUAUCAGGCAAGAAAGAAGUCCAAGAUGCCUGUCUUUCCUUCACAAAGAAUAUCAGUACCUGGAUCAAACGGGAACGCAUUCGCCCAUAUUAACCUUCCGUCCGACCACUUGAGAUUUCUUAUGGCAAACCCAAAGAAAUCCAAGUUGAUCUCGUCCAUGCCCGAUCGUACCCCAAACCAAUCGAUCUGUUUGGAACAAGAUGUCUGGUUUGGAAACAUUGUUUACUUGAAGACAAACGAUUGCAGCAUCCGCUUUUUGGUUGAAUCGUUCCACACGGCAAAUAAAAACAUUUUUGCGAGAGGGUAUCUGGUCAGAGCGAUUUCGAUUGUAUGCUAUGGCGUUGAGGUUGCUGUUACCAAUCUUAGAGUAGAGCAGAUCUCUCACGUUGACACCACUCCUGUUGAAAGAGAUCACUACUACAGUAUCUCAAGUAGCCUUACCAGAUUGAGUCCUGCUCAUGACUUUCUUCUUUUUGGAGUUCAUCCAAUGAAGAAGCCUAUGCCUCUUUCUGUUUUGCCCGGUAAUGUAGAUCGCGAUGCAGUGUUUUACAAAGUUAGGAUUGUUUCAAUCAUCCUUUUUACAGACGACACUUCUGGCAAUCGUUCAAAGCAGUACAAUCCGUUUGAAAGCUGGUUAAUGAGAUGCGCUGCCUUGCCUUUUAAGGAUCGAAAUUCGAUAGCAAACAUCCAGUUUCUUUCUACAAUCCCUAAGAAAGAUGGUGCAAAUGGUAUGUCUCUUCUGCCAGCAAUCGUUGAUGACUUUAAGAAACUCGAGAAAGGUGUAAAAAUGUUCUCCGCUGAAGACAAUGAGUAUGUUCUGGUUGUUGCUCCCAUCCUUUGGAUUGAGGCUGACACGCCAUGUCAUUCAGAACUUUGCGGAUUGCUUGGGCCGGCCACCACAUUUCCUUGCAGAAGAUGCUACAUCGAACUUAGACGUGCAAAAGACUUUGUGAAGGACUUGUCCUACUUCUGUGAGUGCCAUGAGAGACGAACUCGAGAGCACUAUGUUCUUGCAAACUCGUCACCUGGCAGAGACACUGAGAUCCCAAAUACUCCGAAAAUUGGAAUAAACACGCCUGCAAACAAGAUAAGCUUUAGAGAUCGUUCGACUGGCCGCUUAUUAGAAUUGCAGUCGUUUGAUCCAGAAAAGGAUACACCAGUGGAAAUCCUCCACACGAUACUUCUUGGUGUUGCAAAGUAUAUGGUAAUUGACUUGGUUAAGGUCGUGCUUAAGAAUGACACAGCCACAAUAGCAAGACUUUCAGAAUUCUUGACAGAUUACACGCGAUCAACUGGUCUAUCAAGAAAGUUCACCCGAAACUUGAGACAUAGUGGUUCAUUCCUCGGUAGAGAUUUCAAGGUUCUGCUUCAAAUACUUCCUGUAAUUCUGAUUACAGAAUUCUCUGGAAAUCAUGAGCUAGACCUUGUAAUACCAUGCUUUGUUGAACUUGGCCGAUUGUGUUCUCUGGUAUUCGUUCGUCAGGUGACAUCAGACUUUGAUAACUAUAUUAUCAGAGUAGAUAAUGCAGUGAAGCGCUUGAUCAGAGCAUUAUUUGACUACAAUAAAGGAACCAAGAACGAGCUCCACAAGGCAUAUUGCACCAAGCCGAAAGUUCAUUACUUGACACAUCUCAAGGAAGAUAUAAUUCGUUUUGGCCCAGCCCUCAAUUAUGAAACAGAAAAGGGCGAACAGUUCAAUAAGCACAUUCGCGAACAUCUGUUUCAUACAAAUCGCCAAAACACUUCCAGGGAUGUUUGCCUAAAGUUUGCAAAGCAGGUAGCAUUGCAACAUGUAAUUGACGGCGGGUCGUGGAUUAAUAGCUCUGGCAACCGAGAGAAGUCUGGAACUGGAAUAGAGAGGUUCAUUAAGGACAACAAUGAAUCUUUGUUCUAUUACACCUUCUUUGGCAGCUCGAGAGAGCUAAAGGACAACAACGACACUGGAGAUAUUGAAGAUGACGCCGUCCAAAACAACAGUUUUGGCGCGUUUGUUUUUAAAGAUGAUCCAAUCUCUCGCCCUCGUAUAGGACUUGUCUCAGGCUCUGUUGUUAAGUUUCUUAGCAUUGUUCCUCGUACGGAUAAUGACAGAAACAAUAACUAUGCCAAGGCUGUAAUGACAGGUGAGCAUUCUGAUGUUGCUAACAUGAAUCUCGUUUGUAAGUUAGAUUUGCACAUUUUCCGCAACCCAUUUUACAUUGUAAAUUUGAGCAAGUUCGGUUCCUACUGGUUCAUUUUCAAUAAUAUUCUUUUUGAUGAAUAA